AUGCUAGUCUUGAUCUGCUUCGUUUUUUCUCUCCAGGAUGUAACAGCAACAAAAGGAAAUGAAUUUGAGGAUUACUUUUUGAAGCGUGAGCUGCUCAUGGGAAUAUAUGAGAAGGGUUUUGAAAGGCCUUCUCCCAUCCAAGAAGAAAGCAUUCCAAUUGCUCUUACUGGUAGUGACAUUCUUGCUAGGGCUAAAAAUGGAACUGGCAAAACUGCUGCAUUUUGCAUUCCUGCGUUGGAAAAAAUUGACCAAGAUAAUAAUGUUAUUCAAGUUGUUAUACGUCCCACCCGAGAACUGGCUUUGCAGACUUCUCAAGUGUGUAAAGAACUUGGAAAACACUUGAACAUUCAAGUUAUGGUUACAACAGCUGAUAAGCUUCUGUCCCCAGAGUUCCAACCUUCAAUAGAGCAGCUGAUUCAUUUUCUUCCUUCAAACCGUCAAAUCUUGAUGUUUUCAGCAACAUUUCCUGUUACUGUAAAGGAUUUCAAAGAUAGGUAUCUUCAUAAACCUUAUGUCAUCAACCUUAUGGAUGAGCUAACUCUGAAGGGUAUUACACAAUAUUAUGCAUUUGUGGAAGAGAGGCAGAAAGUCCAUUGCUUAAAUACUCUAUUUUCUAAGCUGCAAAUAAACCAGUCUAUCAUUUUCUGCAACUCAGUGAAUCGAGUAGAACUCCUUGCCAAGAAAAUCACAGAACUUGGGUAUUCAUGUUUCUAUAUUCAUGCAAAGAUGUUGCAAGACCAUCGUAACAGAGUGUUUCAUGACUUCCGCAAUGGUGCAUGUCGAAAUCUUGUUUGUACUGAUCUUUUUACUAGAGGAAUAGACAUUCAGGCAGUUAAUGUUUUAUUAAUUUUGAUUUUCCCCAAGAACUCAGAGACUUAUUGGCACAGG